UGGACUUGAGGACACUUCUACCUGUGUGUGUCUCAAUUAACAGGUGAUGUGAGGCGCUUUCCAUCACCGUUUACCAAGUGAGGAGGAGUAGGAGGGAAAGGUCAGGUUCACUGUUGACCUUACCUGACCGACCGCCACCCUGAUCUGACCUAAACUGAUUCCUGGUAGUUCAGUAAAUGACCCUUGAACUUAUACUUGACCUGUGAGCUGAGUGGGGUCAAACGUGCUAUUGACUGACCAGCUGAUUGACUGCCCUGCUCAAGAGGUGUGAAAUAAUUGGAUCAUGAUAACCUUUCUAUUUGGUGUUAGUGAUGGAACUCUUGUGUGUUGGGAGAGACUAUAAAUAUGUGAGCUUAUAAUUUGAGAGACACAGGAAAGGGAAAGAAGAAACAGAUAAAGUUGAAUAAAACAUCGAUAGAAACAGUGAGACUAAAAAGAGUGAGAACUAUAAUAAAAACAAGACAGUAAAUAAAAACAGAAUAAGAAAAACAAAAACAAAGUGUAAACAAACCACAAAGUGUAAACAAACAAUAAGGUAUAAACAAACAAUAAAGUGACAUAAGCAAGAAAAAGAAAAAAGUAUAAAAAACUACAAAAGUACAAGAAUUUGAACCUACCUUCCCUAGACACUGUAGACAAACGAGGGACAUUUAAGACUCGUGUGUGUGUGUGUGUGAGCGUCAGAACCUACCUGAAGAAGGAGGAGGAAGGAUGGCGAUCAACGUGGUAAUCCCGCUUCUCAUUCCCCUGGAGGAGAACCUCUAUAAUG